UCAUUCAGUUACAAAAUGUGAGAUGCACAUACACACACACACACACACACACACAUAUUAAGUCAUAUACAUAGAGGAGAGAGUUAGAUACAUACUGACACACAUGCACGCACGCACACACACACACACACACACACAUGCACACAGUCACACUAACGAAUAUUUUUUUUGCACACAGUGAGUCGAAAAUAGUGAGAUGCAAAAAAAAGAAGACGGAUAGGGAGAAAGAGAGAAAUGAGACAAAAAGAAACGAAAAACGACUGUGACAGAGUAACAAAGAACACACACGCACACAUACACACGCACUCACACUCAAGAGAAAGAUAGGGAGACUUAUACUGCACACAUGCAUGUAGAUGUACGUAUAAAUAUAUACACACAUUAGAAUAAGACAGAGCGCACACAUACACAGAGAGAUAGCCAUACACCAAGAUACUAUACAAUAUACACAAACACAUACACACACUGUGUCAGGGAAACAAACUAAAUCACAACGCACACACAAAUAUACACAUACAUCUACACAUACAUGCAUGAAUGCUGAGUGUGAGACAGAGUGACAGAGAAAGAAAAAGAGAGAAUUACAGUUGCCAUCAUUCAUUCAGUUUCUCUCUCUCUCUCUCUCUCUCUCUCACACACACACACACACACACACACACACACAUACAUACAUUUGCGCGUACAUAUAUUUGGAUCAAACCAGAUAGAUACACACACAAACACAUACAUUCACAGACAUUGACUCACACUCACAGACUGACACACGCGCGCAUACACAUACACAUACAUAUGCCAGGCAAAGCUCAGAUACAGAAAUACGCAGUCAGGCACAGAAAUAUACGCUUACAGCCGCAUAUACACAUACACAUAGAGCCAAGCAAACACACACACACACACAGGCACAUCGAGCGAAGCACUCACACAUAGAGCCAAGUUACAGGCACGCACUCUCAUGCAGCCAAGUUACACACACUCACACAUAUAGCUAGGAGCAGAGCCACUCAGUGAAGAAUACACAUUAAUGAGCACACAAUCACAUAAACACACGCUCACACUCACACAGCAGCCAGGUCACACAUAUACAAUUAGCUAUGGCAGCAUACAUAGUAGUCUACACAGUUGCACAGACACAUACACAGUGAGACAUACACAGCCACAGAGAAUUACUGCCAAGCCAGACAGCAGCGCCAUAUUUGCUGCGCUGUCUUUCACAGAAAGGUGAAACGGCGCACCAUAACUGUCGACCCCUACUCAAUACCACCACCACCAGGACAUCACAGAAUAGGACACUCACCCACAUGCACACACAUACAUACACACAUACAUACAACAUAAUAGAGAGAGAAAGAGAGACAUACGCGCGCGCACUUGUACAACAAUAACAGCGACACUGUACAUCGAAUAUAACUAAAUAGUCUGUCUCACCCCCACCAACAUAGCAGACAAUCACCACCACACGACAGUGUAUACAAAUUACGACACCAUAACUGCCGCCGACACUAAUUAUAACACAACACUUUGUACUACACUCGCAACGCACUACCACAGCUACACUGCACAUAUUAACACCAUAACUGUCACCCCCACCAAUUAUGACUCCACACCAGCCACGGAAACACAAUAAUAAUCUCGGUGUUACAUUACGCACUGUCAUCAUACCACAACACUACUAAACACCCCACAACACUGCAUUAUACUACAAACACCGCUACUUUCUGUAUGUCUCCAUAUAAAAUAUGCUGGCCACAUUCAAAUGGAUAUUUAUAGUUCUAACAUCAAUCGGAUUACAUAUAGGUUCUGCUAGAGUGCAUGAGUAUGAAUUGGAUUUGGAAAUAACAACAACAAAAAAAGCGAGUGCAGAAGAAGAUGACAACCAUGCUUACUGCGCAUACUACAACGAUGGUCAAUCUAGCAACGAAGAAAAGACCAAUCAUGACACCAUAAUGCCUGACAAUGUCACCAUCCGGUGUUCUAAGCCCAAUGACUAUUGCUUCUCAUUCUGGUUUAUUUCUUCUGACAAUAGCGGUAACAUAUCUCUCAUCAGACAAGAUUGUUGGAGUUACACUGAAUCUGAGAAGUGCAAAGAUGAAUGUGUCGCUCACUUAAACCAUGCCAAUGUUGACAAAAGGAAUGACACUCCCAUGUACUGCUGUUGCUCCGGUUAUAGGUGCAAUGCCAAUUUCACACACGAAAACAAAUCUAUAAGCAUUCCUCCCCUUUCACCAAAUACAGUUCCUCCUGACAUAGACAAGUUCAGUGAAAACACCAUCCUCAUCAUUAUAAUAUGCUUGUUCGGGGCCGGCAGCUUUAUAUUUAUCCUCAGCUUCUGCAUAUACUGUGUCUACCGGAAACGGCAGCAUCCACUGCCAGAAAUCAUGGAAGAGGCACCAAGUGCACCACCUGGCAUCGACAUUAGUAAUGUGAAGAUGCUGGACGUGAUCGCAAAGGGAAAAUACGGAGAGGUAUGGUCCGGCAAGCUAAAUGGUCUGCCUGUAGCUGUGAAGGUUUUCCACCAUAACCACCGCCAGUUCUACAACAACGAGAAAUAUAUCUAUGCUUUGCCGUUCAUGGAAUUUGACAACCUACUCAAGUUCUAUGGUGCAGAUGAGCUGGUUAACAGUGAAGGGCUGCACCAAUAUUGCAUUGUGCUUUCUUACGUGCCAAAUGGUACACUAAUGAAUUACUUACGGGAGCACGCUGUCGACUGGUCAGAAAUGUGUCGCAUCAUACUCUCCCUCACUCGGGGCUUGGCCCAUCUGCAUCUGGACAUCACCAAGGGAGAUAAGGUGAAACCUGCCAUUGCUCACCGAGACUUCAAUUCAAGGAAUGUCCUCAUUCGACCCAACUUGAGUUGUGUCGUGGCAGACUUGGGAUUCUGCAUGGCAACCAUGGGUUCCAAAUUGAUUCGGAAUGGCUAUUCUGAGAGUGCUGAGCAGUCUUCGCUCACUGAUGUUGGGACUGUACGUUAUAUGGCCCCUGAGCUGCUGGACGGUGCUGUCAACUUACGUGACUGCGAGGCUUCUCUUAAACAGAUAGACGUCUAUUCUUUGGGGCUGGUUCUCUGGGAAAUUGCAUCUCGCUGUUCUGAUCUUUGGCAAGGGGUUCCAGUUCCUGAAUAUAUGCUACCUUAUCAAGCCGAAGUAGGUAUUCAUCCGUCAUUUGAAGAGAUGCAGAUUUUGGUUUCAGCAAACAAGAAACGCCCAUGGCUUCCAGACAUGUGGAAAGACUCAAACGUGGCUAUCCACACUUUGAAAGAAACAAUUGAAGACUGCUGGGAUCAUGAUGCUGAGGCCAGGCUCACUUCAUUUUGUGUCAUUGAAAGAAUCUCGGAUCUGUCUGCAAUGUCUCCUCAUGAUUCUCGAUUAAAAGGUGUGACACCAACUCUGAAUUCUACCUCCACACACAUCACAGUGUCUGAAGAUGCUGCAGGAAUUUCUGCAGUUCAGAGGAAUUGCUACCUUGCCACGUCUAGUGUUACUGCCGAGAAUGGUAACUCCUUGCCAACAGAGAACAGCAUGGCCCCUUUGAUAAGCCAGGGAAGCAGUGGAGAGAAUACUUUAAAUGGACAAGCAAGAAACUCUUGGACACCACAAGAGAAAAGCAUGUCUGCCGUAACAACAGAAACUAUGCUGACUCUUAGCCCUUCCCAGUCUGACCCUCCUCCAGACUACCACAGCAUUGCACCCCAUGGUCCUCCAUUGAGUGAUCCACCACCACACUAUGAAAACGAAACGCAAAUUGGCUACAAUUUCUCCAAAAUACCAAACACAAGCCUUGUGAAUGGUCAGCCACGUAACACAUGGUUGACCCCUGAUAACAUUUCAACAGCGCACACAAACACUGCUUUAUUGUCUUCCUCUGAUUCAGACCCCCCACCGAAAUAUCUGAACAUUAACCAUGCCAAAACGAACACUGUGAUUCAGCCACAUCAGGGUCGAAACCCUACAGUCGAACGUAACACUCACAAAAGAAGCGAUGAAGAGCUGACCGUGUCAGGAAACACUCUGAUUUCUGCCAGCGCCAAACGAGAACAAGAACAAAAGGAGCAAUCUCUAAGUGCACCUACUUCUCAGUUUCAUGACGAUCCUUUUGACAGUGGACCCGACAAUGUAGAAAGUUCUCUAGUCCACAAUGAGACGUUCAACUACCAUCGCAAUGCUCCUAUCCAAUACUUACAAAAUCAAGUACACAGCGAUGGUCCACUUGUACGACCCAAAAUUGCCAAUGUCCCUGGCAACGGAGUACCUUACAGUAAGUUAGCCAUCAAUGAGAAAACACCAAAAUCUAUCUUCAAAUGCAAAAAGCCUAAAGAUUUCACCAGUAGGUUGACACAACUGGGGAAAAACUUACUGUCUCGCAGCAGCCAGAGUAUUGAUGGGAAGCAUGGCCGAGAUAAAAAUAGUCGUCGUUCAACUGAUCGGUCUGGUUACAUCAACCUGAUAGCUUCACCUCAGCAACCGGUUCAAACUGAAGUAUGUCUUCAGAAUGGCAGUACAGUUGUGCUCCCAGUUAGUAACACAGUGUCUUCAUCUGUGAUGACCACUGCAGAGCAGGACAGACUUGGGUUAACAGAAAUGGGUGUGGCAAACACCACAACCAUUCAUCAAAAUGGUCAUAUUCCUACUGGUGCAGUCGAUGCACAAGUUAGAAAUAUAUCUGAUUCCAGUGCAGAUGAUGCACCCAGCAACACAAAAUGUCCACCAGCUUAUUUAAACAAAACAGCUAACCCUGUGAACAGCUGCAAUGAACUGACUGAUAUGAAGUCACAGCGGCCCACAUCCCUUCCCCUCAAAGUCCACAACAACCCACCACCUGACAGUACGGCCCAGUUGCCUGUAAAUCAGACUCAAGCCACGUCAGAUCCCAGCGAAAAGAUCCGCAACCGGAUUAAGACUCCCUUAAAGAUCAAUCGCAACAGACUGUCGUUGUACGAUGACCGUGUCAUGUCGCGGAGCUGUGAAGACUCUGUUACUGAACCGAGCAGAUUUCGACUGAGCAACUCCAGCUACAGCUUGCAACAAUUCGACACAAGCACCACCAACACCAACACUGCAAACAGACAUGACUUACACACAGAACAGUGCUGACACUUAUUACCUCGGUUCCUUUAACGGGUGGAAUCGUGAGAUGAUAAGUUGAUAUGAUGGGUGGGUGGGUGAUCAGGGGGGCCCCCUUCAGUUUCUUCUCAAAGAUCCUGCCAAAGAUUUAACUAUACCAAACUUUAUAUUAUUGUCAAUUUUCGUUUCGUUUUCUUUAUUUUUAUUUUGGCUUCAUCAAACUAAUCAGCGAUUUUUUUUUUUUUUAAAUCUCUUUCAUUUCCUCGUUUUAUCCUACAUUCCCCCACCCUUCAUUGCAUCCCUCCCAUCCAGCUGCCACCCUAAUCUUUUGUCAUGGUUCCUCUUUGCCUGAAAAAAUCUCUAACAAUUUCUCAGUGGUUCACAAACAUUCAGUCUUAGACACACAUAUAUAUAUAUAAUAUGCAUUUAUAUUAUUUGUGUGUGAGUAUGUAUAUAUGUGCAUACCUGCAUAGCAGCAUAUGCACACAAACACAUCCACAUAUACAAACAUACCUUUCCAAUCUGUACAGUAUUACAGACCCAGGAGUGAGUGGGUGAAGCCAACACCAGAUAUGAAGCAGCCUGUUUGUGAGAUGUUUGAUUGAGGAGUUGAAAGAUUAGCUUAUUUCGUGCAGUUGAUAAAACUGAUCCUUUCGAUUGCUACAACAGAUCUGUUUAAACAAACCUAGAACCUUGGGGUUGAAAUUAAUUACAGAAAGACAUAGGGUUGUGUGAGUUUUGAGUAAAAAGGGUCUAUGGUGAAAGUGUUUGGUUUCUGAGGAAAAUGUUCUUUUGGAGGCUAAUUUUCUUACCUUGUUUGUCCACCGAUGAGAUCUAAAGCAGAACACAUGGUCAAGUUGAUAAAAAUGGUGUUCAGGCUAUGACUCUGCAUUUAAAGGGCGCUCAAUUCCAGCCGAAUUUAGUGAUACCUAAUGUGAGAUAUGUGUCUGUGUAUAUGCAUUUGUAUAUGUAUUUGUGUGUGUGUGCGUCAGGGUCACUGUUUCAUGUACCUUUCUUUUUAACUUCUAAGAAUUAUUUUAUCAGACUACCAGUCUCCUUCAAAGCAGCAAAUCAAACCCUUACAAAACCCCUAGAUCAACUUUUCCUAACAACUCAAACUGAUGUCUGAAGCCAUUAGAUCCGGUGAUGGAUUUCUUCUUACCUCUACAAGUUGAUGGCUACUUGAUGGUCCAUUGCUGUCCAUAGAUCUCUCGGAGGGCUUUCAUGCCCUGCCAGUUGUUGUUUGUCCAUAACUAUAUUCAUUGCCAUCCACCAGUUUUACAAGUUGCCACUGAAAAGACUGUGGGGUCACCAUCCACAGAUUUCCUAGCACCACAAAGUCGCCAACUACUCAAACGCCACAACCCUAAACCUCUACAUCUCCUCACUACUAAUAGUAUUACCACCACUACUACUACUACUACUACUACCACCACUCCCAACCCAAGCAAAUCUGCUGCUACCACAUCAACAGCACUACACAUUCACAACUGUCUUUAAAUCAGUAUGAUGAGAAGAACCAGUCAUAAACAUGGUAAUAGCUCUGAAGAGGACAAAACAUGCAAAUAGUCACCUUACAAUAAUCUUCAACAGUUUAUGACAGUUGUUGUUUAGCUCCAGGCCAGACCUGAUCUAAAACUGUUCCAGCCAUGACCAUCCCACCUCUUCUUUUCAGAUGUAGUAUAUCUAGGACUACAUUUAUUGAUGUAUCCUUUCAGUCUUUGUUUUUGUUUUUUUUUUUCUUUCUUUUAAAGACAGUUGGGUGGGAUUUGAAGUCGAAGGAGUUUUGGCUGCCGUCUUCUAGUGGGGCGAGUAACUGCAUAGAAUUUUUCCCUGGGUCCCUUCAUUAGCUCGAGUUUUUUCUGGUAAGAUAAGUAAGUACAUGGAGUGACAGAUUUCUAAGAAAGACAAGAAUUUGGUUGCUUUACAGCAGCAAUGCCAUGUGAUGUUGUAUAAAAGUGAAGAUGUGUUAGUGUUUCCUACUCAAACACAGACGUCGCCAUGUUUGUGACAAAACUACUACAACUACUACAAUUACAACAACUAGCCACCUUCUCUUUCUUCUUCUUCUUCUUCUUCUUCUUCUUCUUCUUCACAUGCUGCUGUUUACACAAACAUUUAUUUUUGAUUUUAUGUUGUUUAUUUUAAAUUCUCUUUUUUUUUUAAAUCUAAAUCUUUUAUUGAUUGUACAUAAAGACUGACAUAACAUCUUUA